AUGUCGACAACGGUCAGUCUCGAGGCAUCGAGCGCCUUGCAACGCCGCGUGGCAGCUGCCGCGUCGUCGAGCCCCGGCACGACGGCGCCCCGGAACCCGCUCUGGGACUUUUACGCCUGCGGCCUCGUGGACGAGACCGACGAGGGCUCUGGCGGAGAAGACACGGAGGACGAGCUGGAGACGCAAGCGUGGCUGCUGUUCCAGCGCCAACGCGCGCAAGCGCGUCUCGCCAGCGCGUGCCAGCGCGAGGCCCGCGUUAUGCGCGCCGCGAAGCACUGA